GACCAAGGGCUGUCACCAGUGUGUUUUCUAGAGUUCAGCGAACAAGCAUUCCCUCAAGGGAGACUCGUCCGGUUCGCUCCGGGAGGGUGGUACAGUACUGUGAGAGUUCUGCACAGUGAUACAGUAAAGUUCACUCUCUAGUGUCACACGCAAACUUUAAAGGGAUACAGGAGAGACAAGAAUCCAUUCAGCUAUAAAAACUUUGGAAAGAAGAGCGCACAAAUUUCUCCAGACUCCACCCAAAAACCGAGACAGCGAAUUAGUGCGGGAGACCCGAGUCGAUAAAAAUGAGUCAACACCCUCGCCUCAGCCAGUCGAGCGCCGCCGCUGCUGCUCCCCUAUCCAACGCUUCUCUCGCCCAGGACAAGGACGCAGACAUGCCCGCAACAGAGAAAGAUCUCGCCGAGGACGCGCCAUGGAAGAAGAUCCAGCAAAACACAUUCACGCGUUGGUGCAACGAGCAUCUGAAAUGUGUCAAUAAGCGCAUAGCGAACCUGCAGACUGACCUGAGCGAUGGUCUCCGGCUUAUCGCGCUUCUGGAGGUGCUCAGUCAGAAGAAGAUGUUCCGCAAGUACAACCAGCGGCCCACGUUCAGACAAAUGCAGCUGGAAAACGUCUCUGUGGCUUUGGAGUUCCUUGACAGGGAAAACAUCAAACUGGUGUCUAUAGACAGUAAGGCCAUCGUGGAUGGGAACCUGAAGCUGAUCCUGGGUCUGAUAUGGACACUUAUUCUGCAUUAUUCCAUCUCCAUGCCCAUGUGGGACGAGGAGGAAGAGACGGAAGAAAGCAAGCAGAAGACGCCCAAGCAGAGGCUGCUCGGAUGGAUCCAGAACAAACUGCCCGAGCUGCCCAUUACCAACUUCAGCCGGGACUGGCAGUCAGGGAAAGCCCUUGGUGCGCUGGUGGACAGUUGUGCUCCGGGUCUGUGUCCUGACUGGGAUUCAUGGGACCAGACAAAGCCUGUGGACAAUGCCAGAGAGGCCAUGCAGCAGGCUGAUGACUGGCUUGGUGUUCCUCAGGUGAUCACCCCUGAAGAAAUUGUUGAUCCCAAUGUGGAUGAGCACUCUGUUAUGACUUACCUGUCCCAAUUCCCCAAAGCCAAACUCAAGCCUGGUGCCCCCCUGCGGCCCAAACUGAACCCUAAAAAGGCCCGUGCAUAUGGACCAGGUAUUGAGCCCACAGGUAAUGUUGUGAUGAAGAAGGCUGUGUUCACUGUUGAGACCAUCAGCGCUGGACAGGGUGAGGUGUUGGUUUACGUGGAGGACCCAGCUGGCCACCGCGAGGAGGCAAAAGUGACGGCCAAUAAUGACAAGAACCGCACCUACUCAGUAUUCUAUGUACCAAAAGUCACUGGACAACACAAGGUGACAGUGCUGUUCGCAGGGCAACACAUCUCCAAGAGUCCGUUUGAUGUGGAUGUGGGAAUGGCUCAGGGAGACUCCAGUAAGGUCACUGCCCAGGGUCCAGGCCUUGAGCCUGCAGGCAACAUUGCCAACAAGUCCACGUACUUUGACGUCUACACAGCUGGUGCAGGAGUAGGAGAGGUAGAGGUGGUCAUUGUUGACCCCAGUGGAAAGAAGGACACUGUUGAAUGCACUGUUGAGGAUAAGGGCAACAGUAGUUACAGAUGCACCUACAAGCCCACCCAAGAGGGCCAGCACACCAUCUACAUCACUUUUGCUGGGGGACAGAUCUCAAAGAGCCCUUACACAGUCAACGUGGGAGAGGCCUGUAAUCCAAGCUUGUGUAAAGCUAAGGGCCGUGGUCUUCAACCUAAAGGUUUGAGAGUCAAGGAGACUGCAGAGUUCAAGGUUUACACCAAAGGGGCUGGAACUGGAGACCUGAAGGUCACCAUCAAAGGACCCAAGGGUCUUGAAGAGCCCUGCAAGAAGAAGGAUCUUGGAGAUGGAGUGUACAGCUUUGACUAUUACCCAACCACACCUGGAAAUUACAUCAUUACAAUCACAUGGGGUGGACAGCACAUACCACGCAGUCCAUUUGAGGUAAAGGUUGGUACUGAAGCAGGCCCACAGCAGGUAAGGGCAUGGGGUCCAGGACUGGAGAGUGGUGUGGUGGGAAAGUCUGCUGACUUUGUGGUAGAAGCUGUUGGAGAUGAUGUGGGCACUUUGGGUUUCUCAGUGGAGGGCCCCUCCCCGGCUAAAAUCGAAUGUGACGAUAAGGGAGACGGCUCCUGUGAUGUGCGGUACUGGCCCACAGAACCUGGCGAGUAUGCGGUUCAUGUGCUCUGCAAGAACGAGGACAUCCAUCUCAGCCCAUUCAUGGCUGAAAUCGUGUCAGCUCCAGGAAAAGAUUUCUUUCCUGAUAAGGUAAAGGCUUAUGGUCCGGGUCUGCAGGCAGCUGGCCUUGCAGUUGGUAAACCUGCUGAGUUCACUGUGGAUGCCAAACAAGGUGGCAAAGCUCCACUGAAGAUUCAAGCUCAGGAUCGUGAUGGAAACCCAGUGGAUGUGCAGGUGACUGAUAAUGGUAAUGGAACAUACAGCUGCAGUUACACUCCUCGCAAGCCAGUCAAACACACUGUGAUGGUGUCGUGGGGCGGAGUCAACAUCCCAGAGAGCCCAUUCAGGAUGAACAUCGGAGCAGGAUGCCAUCCCAACAAGGUGAAGGUAUCGGGACCUGGUGUGGCCAAGACGGGCCUGAAAGCAUACGAGCCUACAUACUUUACCGUGGAUUGUGCUGAGGCUGGACAGGGAGACAUCAGCAUAGGCAUCAAAUGUGCUCCAGGAGUGGUAGGACCUGCCGAAGCUGACAUUGAUUUUGACAUCAUUAGAAAUGACAACGACACAUUCACUGUCAAAUACAUGCCCCCUGGAGCCGGCAGCUACACCAUCAUGGUGCUGUUUGCUGAUCAGGCCAUUCCCUUGACGCCCAUCAGAAUCAAGGUUGAUCCUUCUCAUGAUGCCAGCAAGGUUAAAGCAGAAGGACCUGGACUCAACCGCACAGGUGUGGAGCUGAACAAACCAACUUACUUCACUGUGAACACAAAGGCUGCGGGCAAAGCAAAGCUUGACGCUCAGUACACAGGGCCAAACAAGGGAGAGGCGGUCCGUGACUUCGACAUCGUCGACAAUCAUGAUGGCACCCAUACUGUAAAAUACACACCCGUCCAGCAGGGUAAUAUGGGUUUGAAUGUGACCUACGGUGGUGAUCCCAUUCCUAAGAGCCCAUUUGCUGUAUCUGUGGCUCCCUCUCUGGACCUCAGUAAAGUUAAAGUGGCUGGUCUUGGAAACACAAUGGCAGUAGGAAAAGAUCAAGAUAUUACGGUCAAGUCCAAAGGUGCAGGUGGUCAGGGCAAGGUUGGCGCAAAGGUCACUGGUCCAUCUGGUAAAUCUGUGCCUUGUAAAGUUGAACCAGGCCUGAGCCCAGAGACCAGCCAGGUCCGUUUCAUCCCGAGAGAUAAGGGGCCCUACGAAGUAGAACUGACAUACGAUGGAGUUCCUAUUCCUGGCAGUCCAUUCAAUGUAGAAGCUAUUGCGCCUGCUGACCCGUCUCUGGUAAGAUGUUCUGGACCAGGCCUGGAACGAGCCAAGGUUGGCGAGCCAGGGAAGUUUGUGGUUGACUGCACGAAUGCUGGUCCUGCUGAGCUGACUAUUGAGAUCAUUUCUGACAACGGGACGGAGGCAGAGGUUCACAUUCAGGACAACGGAGAUGGGACCUACACCAUCACCUACAUCCCUCUCUAUCCUGGAGUGUACACUCUCACCAUCCGCUAUGGUAAUCAAGAUGUCCCGAACUUCCCAUCCAGGCUCAAUGUGGAGCCUGCUGUGGAAACCAGUGGUGUGAAAGUGUUUGGACCUGGAGUGGAAGGCAAAGGAGUUUUCCGGGAGGCCACAACAGAUUUCACAGUGGAUGCCAGAGCGCUUACAAAAACUGGGGGCAAUCACAUCAAGACAUGCAUCAACAAUCCAUCAGGCAACUGCACUGAAGCUCUGAUCAAUGACCUUGGAGAUGGCACUUACAAAGUGGAGUACACACCUUAUGAGGAGGGCAUGCACAGUGUUGAUGUCGCCUACGACGGCAGCCCGGUUCCCAAGAGCCCAUUCCGUGUCCCCGUGACCGAGGGUUGUGACCCAGCACGUGUACGCGUACACGGUCCCGGACUUCAAUCUGGGAUCACCAACAAAGCAAACAAGUUUACAGUGGAGACGCGUGGGGCUGGUACAGGUGGACUGGGCUUGGCUAUGGAGGGACCUUCUGAAGCCAAAAUGUCCUGCACUGACAACAAAGAUGGCAGCUGUUGUGUUGAGUACGUUCCAUAUGAGCCUGGCACAUACAACCUCAAUGUCACCUACGGAGGUCAACCAAUCACUGGAAGCCCAUUCUCCGUUCCCGUUCACGAUACAGUCGACGCCACUAAAGUAAAAUGUCUUGGUCAGGGGCUUGGAAACAACGUGCGUGCCAAUAUCCCACAGGUCUUUUCUGUGGACGCAAGCAAAGCUGGGGUUGCUCCCCUGCAGGUCCGAGUGCAGGGACCCAAAGGUAUCGUGGAGCCUGUUGAGGUGGUGGAUAAUGGUGACCAGACUCACACAGUCAGUUACGUUCCCACUCGGGAGGGACCGUAUUCUAUCAAUGUCCUGUAUGCUGAUGAGGAGAUCCCACACAGUCCUUAUAAGGUGAAGGUUCUGCCCACUCAUGAUGCUAGUAAAGUUCGUUGCAGCGGCCCUGGUCUGAAUACCACCGGCGUGCCUGCCAGUCUGCCUGUGGAGUUCACCAUUGAUGCCAAAGAUGCAGGAGAGGGACUUUUGGCAGUCCAGAUCACUGACCCUGAAGGGAAGCCAAAGAAAGCAAACAUUCGUGAUAAUCAGGAUGGUACUUACCUUGUGUCUUACGUACCUGACAUGACCGGCCGCUACACCAUUCUCAUCAAGUAUGGCGGUGAUGAGAUCCCAUACUCUCCUUAUCGCAUCAGAGCUCUGCCCACAGGAGAUGCCAGUAAAUGCACGGUCACAGUUUCAAUUGGAGGUCACGGUUUGGGAGCCGGCGUUGGUCCAACCAUUCAGAUUGGAGAACAGACGGUCAUUACUGUGGAUGCAAAGGCUGCUGGGAAAGGCAAGGUCACUUGCACGGUCUGCACUCCAGAUGGAGGAGAGGUGGAUGUGGAUGUAGUCGAGAAUGCCGAUGGCACGUUUGAUAUCUUCUACACGGCACCCCAGCCUGGGAAAUAUGUCAUCUGUGUGCGCUUCGGUGGAGAGCAUAUUCCCAACAGCCCCUUCCAAGUCACGGCUUUGGAAGGUGAACUCCCUGAACAACUAAUGCAGCAGACCCAGACCCGGCAGUACGCUUACGCGCCCAACAUGGGCCAGCCAUGGGCCACAGACCGGCCAAUGGGCAUGAACGGACUGGAUGUAGCUGGACUGAGACCCUUUGACUUGGUCAUUCCUUUCACCAUCCAGAAGGGAGAGAUAACAGGGGAUGUAAAAAUGCCUUCUGGAAAAGUGGCCAAGCCGGAAAUUAUAGACAACAAGGACGGCACAGUCACAGUGAAAUAUGCUCCAAUCGAGGCUGGGCUGCAUGAGAUGGAUAUCAAAUAUGAUGGAAUACACAUCCCAGGAAGCCCUCUGCAGUUUUAUGUGGAUUACGUCAACAGUGGUCAUGUGACAGCAUUUGGUCCUGGAUUAAUUCACGGCAUGGUCAACAAGCCUGCAGUAUUCACAGUCAACACAAAAGAUGCCGGAGAGGGUGGUCUGUCUCUGGCCAUCGAGGGACCAUCAAAGGCCGACAUCAGCUGCACUGAUAACCAGGAUGGUACCUGCACUGUGUCUUACCUGCCUGUUCUACCUGGAGAUUACAACAUCAUUGUCAAGUACAAUGACAAGCACAUUCCUGGCAGCCCUUUUAUGGCCAAAAUCACAGGUGAUGACUCCAUGCGCAUGUCUCAUCUGAAGGUGGGCUCCGCUGCUGAUAUCCCUCUGGACAUUGGUGAGCUGGACCUCAGUCAGCUGACCGCAUCUCUCACCACCCCAUCUGGCCGAGAAGAGCCAUGCCUACUCAAGAUGCUCAGGAAUGGGCAUGUGGGUAUCUCAUUUGUGCCCAAAGAAAUUGGCGAGCACCUCGUUAACAUAAAAAAAAAUGGACGUCAUAUUCCCAGUAGCCCAAUCUCUGUCAUGAUCAACCAAUCAGAGAUUGGCGAUGCCAGCCGUGUGCGCGUUACUGGCCAGGGCCUGAGUGAAGCUCGUACAUUUGAGCCUGCAGAAUUCAUCAUCGACACCAGAGAUGCUGGAUAUGGAGGACUCAGUCUGUCAAUUGAGGGACCCAGUAAGGUGGACAUCAACACUGAAGAUCAGGAAGAUGGCACCUGUAAAGUCACAUACUGCCCCACAGAGCCAGGAAAUUACAUCAUUAACAUCAAAUUUGCCGACCAGCACGUUCCAGGAAGUGCUUUCACUGUGAAAGUGACAGGAGAGGGUAGGAUGAAGGAGAGCAUCACUCGCAAACGAAGAGCUGCCUCCGUUGCCAAUGUUGGCAGCCAGUGUGACCUAAGUCUGAAGAUCCCUGAGAUCAGCAUUGCUGACAUGACCGCCCAGGUGACCAGCCCAUCUGGCAAGGUGCACAAGGCUGAGAUCAUGGAGGGAGAAAACAACACGUACUGCAUUCGCUUCGUUCCCACUGAAAUGGGUGUGCACACAGUCAGCGUUAAGUAUCAGGGCCAACAUGUCCCAGGAUCACCCUUCCAGUUUACAGUCGGCCCUCUUGGAGAAGGAGGUGCCCACAAGGUCCGUGCUGGAGGCCCUGGACUAGAAAGAGCAGAAGCUGGAGUACCAGCUGAGUUCAGUAUUUGGACUCGUGAAGCUGGAGCUGGCGGUCUGUCCAUUGCAGUGGAGGGACCCAGCAAGGCAGAAAUUGCUUUUGAAGAUCGCAAGGAUGGAUCCAGUGGUGUCUCCUACAUUGUCCAGGAGCCCGGUGAUUAUGAAGUAUCCAUCAGGUUCAAUGAUGAGCACAUCCCUGACAGUCCAUUCGUGGUGCCGGUGGCCUCGCCUUCUGACGAUGCUCGUCGUCUCACUGUUGCCAGUCUUCAGGAGUCCGGACUGAAAGUCAACCAGCCAGCAUCUUUUGCCGUGAGCCUAAAUGGGGCGAAGGGAGUCAUCGAUGCCAAAGUUCACAGCCCAUCCGGAGCUCUUGAAGAAUGCUGCGUCACAGAGAUCGAUGAAGAUAAGUAUGCUGUAAGGUUCAUCCCCAGAGAGAAUGGCCUCUACCUAAUAGAUGUGAAAUUCAAUGGUUCUCAUAUCCCUGGAAGUCCAUUCAAGAUCCGGGUUGGUGAGACGGGACAGGCCGGAGACCCAGGAAUGGUGUCUGCUUAUGGAGCUGGUCUGGAAGGAGGCACCACUGGAUCUCCUUGUGAAUUCACUGUGAACACAAGUUCAGCUGGCCCGGGUGCUUUAGCAGUGACAAUUGACGGGCCUUCCAAGGUGAAGAUGGACUGUCAGGAAUGCCCUGAAGGCUACAAAGUCACCUACACACCUAUGGCUCCUGGAAACUACCUAAUUUCUAUCAAAUACGGUGGACCGUACCAUAUUGUUGGCAGUCCCUUCAAAGCUAAAAUUACAGGCUCUCGAUUGGUCAAUAGCCACAGCAUGCAUGAGACUUCAUCGGUGAUGGUUGACCCGGUUACCCGCAGUGUAACAACCACCCAGCAAGCAGCACCAGGAUGGGCCAGCUCCGAUGCUAGCCGUGUAGUCGCUAAGGGCCUUGGGCUUAACAAGGGAUUUAUAGGACAAAAGAACAAUUUCAGUGUGGACUGUAGUAAAGCAGGGAGAAACAUGCUCCUGGUUGGAGUGGACGGACCCAAAGUGCCCUGUGAGGAGAUAUUGGUGAAACAUAUGGGUAAUCGCCUCUACAAUGUGUCCUACCAGCUCAAAGAGAAAGGAGAGUACAUACUGGUGGUGAAAUGGGGAGAUGAGCACAUCCCUGGCAGCCCGUAUCACAUCACUGUCUAAUCGCCCUUCAACAAAACCUCAACCACCAUCCGAGGCUUCUGGCAUAAAUGAUGAACACUGAAAACUUACUGUCAUUCUCUUCUGUAUGAUCUUCUCAUCCAGUAUCUUCCUGCAUCACUAUUCAGCUUCAAAUCUAGAGAGUGUUAAGCACCUUUUCACUAUGCCAGUCACACUUGGAUUUAAGGAUCCUGGUGGCUUUUGCUCCUCGUGUAGGUUUACGCCUGUUUGUUACUCGUCUCUAACACCGUGUAGCUGCUACAAUGUUAUUGCCUGGUUUAGGAGACUGCUGUUAGCAGAAUAGCUGUUAGCUAAGAGAAAUUGCCGUGAUUCAUCGGCUUUGAUCUUGACAGUUGGGUGAAGAGAUGCUUAAUAAUGCUUAAUGGUCUUCGUAUCCAUCACAUAGACUGAAUUUAACACUGAUGGCAAAGCUCUGCGGGUUAAAUCUUAUCUCCUUAGUGUUUAAUGGUUCCCUUUUCCAUUAAAUCUGCAGAGCUGCAUGUCGCCCCAGUUUUACCAUGCCGCUGUUUUAUUUAAAUGUCAGAAUUUGAGGCCUUUUAAAAGGAGGCUUGUGUGCGACGUAAUGGUUUCGGAAACAUCAAAUGGACAUUGCAUGGUUAUUGAUGCUUGUUCUGUUGUGUU